AUGGGCGAUGGGUGGCUGCCGCCCGACUGCGGCCCCCAGAACCGCUCCGUCGCCGGCGGCGGGGUGACGGCGGCGCCGCCCGGGAGCAGGCAGCUGCCCGCCGAGCUGCUGUCGCAGCAGUGGGCUGUGGGCAUGAGCCUGCUGAUGGCCCUGAUGGUGCUGCUCAUCGUGGCCGGUAACGUGCUGGUGAUCGCGGCCAUCGGGCGCACGCAGCGGCUGCAGACCCUCACCAACCUCUUCAUCACCUCGCUGGCCUGCGCUGACCUGGUGAUGGGGCUGCUGGUGGUGCCCUUCGGGGCCACGCUGGUGGUGCGGGGCACCUGGCUCUGGGGAUCCUUCCUCUGCGAGUGCUGGACCUCCCUGGACGUGCUCUGUGUGACCGCCAGCAUCGAGACCUUGUGCGUCAUCGCCAUCGACCGCUACCUGGCCAUCACCUCGCCUUUCCGCUACCAGAGCCUCAUGACCAAGGGUCGGGCCAAGGGCAUCAUCUGCACCGUCUGGGCCAUCUCCGCCCUGGUCUCCUUCUUGCCCAUCAUGAUGCAUUGGUGGCGGGACGAGGACCCCCAGGCGCUGGAGUGCUACCAGGACCCAGGCUGCUGCGACUUCGUCACCAACAGGGCUUACGCCAUCGCCUCGUCCAUCAUUUCUUUCUACAUCCCCCUUCUCAUCAUGAUCUUUGUGUACCUCCGGGUGUACAGAGAGGCCAAGGAGCAGAUUAGGAAGAUCGAUAGGUGCGAGGGCCGGUUCUACGGCAGCCACGAGCAGUCGCAGCCGCCCCUGCCCCCUCACCCUCACCACCAGCCCAUCCUCGGCAACGGCCGAGCCAGCAAGCGGAAGACCUCCCGCAUCAUGGCGAUGAAGGAGCAGAAAGCCCUCAAGACUUUGGGCAUCAUCAUGGGGGUGUUCACCCUCUGCUGGCUCCCUUUCUUCCUGGUGAACAUCGUCAACGUCUUCAACAGGGACCUGGUCCCAGACUGGCUCUUUGUUUUCUUUAACUGGCUGGGCUACGCCAACUCCGCUUUCAACCCCAUCAUCUACUGCCGCAGCCCCGACUUUCGUAAGGCCUUCAAGAGGCUCCUCUGCUGCCCCUGGAAAGCUGACCGGCGGCUGCACGCCAGUGGCGGGGAGCUGGCCCGCCUGCCCGGGGGCUUCAUCAGCACCGUGGGCUCCCCUGAGCGCAGCCUGGGAGGGACCUGGUCCGACUGCAACGGGGGCACGCGGGGCGGCAGCGAGUCCAGCCUGGAGGAGAGAAAUAGCAAAACGUCCGAUUCAGAGUCCAAGGUAUAG